AUGUAUAUGUUAGUAGUAGAUGUGUAUGCUAGUAGUAGCGAUGUGUAUGCUAGUAGUAGUGAUGUGUAUGGUACUAGUAGUAGUGUGUAUGCUAGUAGUAGUGAUGUGUAUGCUAACAGUAGUGAUGUGUAUGCUAGUAGUAGUGAUGUGUCUGCUAGUAGUAGUGAUGUGUAUGCUAGUAGUACUGAUGUGUAUGCUAGUAGUAGCGAUGUAUAUACUAGUGGUAGUGAUGUGUAUGCUAGUAGUAGCGAUGUAUAUGCUAGUGGUAGUGAUGUGUAUGCUAGUAGUAGUGGUGUGUAUUCUAGUAGUAGUGGUGUGUAUGCUAGUAGUAGCGAUGUAUAUGCUAGUGGUAGUGAUGUGUAUGCUAGUAGUAGUGAUGUGUAUCCUAGUAGUAGUGGUGUGUAUGCUAGUAGUAGCGAUGUAUAUGCUAGUGGUAGUGAUGUGUAUGCUAGUAGUAGUGAUGUAUAUGCUAGUGGUAGUGAUGUGUAUGCUAGUAGUAGGGAUGUGUAUGUUAGUAGUAGUGGUGUGUAUGCUAGUAGUAGUGGUGUGUAUGUUAGUAGCAGUGGUGUGUAUGCUAGUAGUAGUGAUGUGUAUUCUAGUAGUAGUGAUGUGUAUGCUAGUAGUAGCUAUGUGUAUGUUAGUAGUAGUGGUGUGUAUGUUAGUAGUAGUGGUGUGUAUUCUAGUAGUAGUGAUGUGUAUGCUAGUAGUAGGGAUGUGUAUGCUAGUAGUAGCGAUGUAUAUACUAGUGGUAGUGAUGUGUAUGCUAGUAGUAGUGGUGUGUAUUCUAGUAGUAGUGAUGUGUAUGCUAGUAGUAGUGGUGUAUAUGGUAGUAGUAGUGGUGUGUAUGCUGGUAGUAGUGAUGUGUAUGCUAGUAGUAGUGGUGUGUAUUCUAGUAGUAGUGGUGUGUAUGCUAGUAGUAGUGAUGUGUAUGGUACUAGUAGUGGUGUGUAUGCUAGUAGUAGUGAUGUGUAUGCUAGUAGUAGUGGUGUGUAUGCUGGUAGUAGUGGUGUAUAUGGUAGUAGUAGUGGUGUGUAUGCUGGUAGUAGUGAUGUGUAUGCUAGUAGUAGUGAUGUGUAUUCUAGUAGUAGUGGUGUGUAUGCUAGUAGUAGUGAUGUGUAUGGUACUAGUAGUGGUGUGUAUGCUAGUAGUAGUCAUGUGUAUGCUAGUAGUAGCGGUGUGUAUGAUAGUAGUAGUGAUGUGUCUGCUAGUAGUAAGGAUGUGUAUGGUACUAGUAGUGGUGUAUAUGCUAGUAGUAGUGAUAUGUAUGCUAGUAGUAGUGGUGUGUGUGCUAGUAGUAGUGAUGUGUAUGGUACUAGUAGUGGUGUGUAUGCUAGUAGUAGUGAUGUUAGUAGUGAUGUAUAUGCUAGUAGUAGUGAUGUGUAUGCUAGUAGUAGUGGUGUGUAUGCUAGUAGUAGCGGUGUUUAUGUUAGUAGUAGCGAUAUAUAUGCUAGUAGUAGUGAUGUAUAUGCUAGUAGUAGUGGUGUGUAUGCUAGUAGUAGUGAUGUAUAUGCUAGUAGUAGUGAUGUGUAUGCUAGUAGUAGUGAUUUGUAUGUUAGUAGUAGUGAUGUAUAUGUUAGUAGUAGUGAUGUGUAUGUUAGUAGUAGUGAUGUAUAUGUUAGUAGUUGUGAUGUGUAUGCUAGUAGUAGCGAGUGUUAUGCUAGUAGUAGUGGUGUGUAUGUUAGUAGUAGCGAGUGUUAUGCUAGUAGUAGUGGUGUGUAUGCUAGUAGUAGUGAUGUGUAUACUAGUGGUAGUGAUGUGUAUGCUAGUAGUAGCGAUGUGUAUGCUAGUAGUAGUGAUGUAUAUGCUAGUAGUAAUGAUGUUUAUGCUAGUAGUAGCGAUAUAUAUGCUAGUAGUAGUGAUGUGUAUGCUAGGAGUAGUGAUGUGUAUGCUAGUAGUAGUGAUGUGUAUGCUAAAAGUAGUGAUGGGUAUGCUAGUAGUAACGAUAUAUAG